CAUAGCAACGUGUGUGUGUAUAUAUAUAUAUAUAUAUAUAUAUAUAAAUAGUGUAACCCUUAAAUUGGCUAUAAUAUAAUGGGGAGAGGAAGAGUGGAGCUGAAGAGGAUAGAGAACAAGAUCAACAGGCAAGUGACUUUCUCAAAGAGGAGGAAUGGUUUGCUCAAGAAAGCUCAAGAGCUCUCUGUCCUCUGUGAUGCCGAAAUUGCCCUCAUCGUCUUCUCUAGUAGGGGCAAGCUCUAUGAGUUUGGAAGCGCAGGUAUAACCAAAACCCUUGAGCGGUACCAACGCUGCUCUUUUACUCCUCAAGACACCAGCCUUAUUGAGCGCGAAACACAGAGCUGGUACCAGGAGGUUACAAAGUUAAAAGCCAAAUAUGAGUCUCUUCAGCGCACUCAAAGGCAUUUUCUUGGUGAAGAUCUUGGACCACUCAAUGUUAAAGAGUUGCAAAAUCUUGAAAAACAGCUUGAAGGAGCUCUUGCACAAGCUAGACAAAGGAAGAUGCAGAUUAUGAUUGAGCAAGUAGAAGACCUGAGGAAAAAGGAGCGUCAGCUUGGGGACCUUAACAAGCAGCUUAAGCUUAAGCUCGAGGCAGAAGGGCAAAACCUUAAAGCCAUUCAAAGCUUAUGGAGCUCUAAUGUAGCAGCUGGAAGCAGCAACUUUGCUUUGCAUAGUUCUUCUCAAAGCAACAUUACUAUGGAUUGCCAGCCACCAGAACCCAUCUUACAAAUAGGAUACCAUCAGUAUGUAGCAGUUGAUCAUGAGGGAACAUCCAGCACUAUUCCAAAGGGCAUGGCAGGGUCUGAGACUAACUUUAUCCAAGGAUGGGUUCUUUGAGUAGUACUAGUACUAUUUGGACAGUAUUGACAAAUGAUAUGUAUGGUACAUAUCGUAUAAAUUAUUCUCUAUUUUGUAUUUGAAAUUUUAAUGCUACCAACUUAUCAUUCUUAAUUACUAAUUGCAAUGUAUGACAUAUAUACUAGGUUUGUAUUUGAGAUAUAUAUGUAAUGUCAUUUGCAAUAU